AUGCUGACCAAGUUCGAGUCCAAGAGCAACCGCGUCAAAGGUCUGGCGUUCCAUGUGAGCCGGCCUUGGAUCCUCACGUCACUACACAACGGCGUCAUUCAGCUAUGGGACUACCGCAUGGGCACCCUGUUGGACCGCUUCGACGAGCACGACGGCCCCGUGCGCGGCGUGGACUUCCACCGUACACAGCCGCUGUUCGUUUCUGGUGGUGACGACUACAAGCUGAAAGUAUGGGACUAUAAGCUACGCCGCUGCCUGUUCACUCUCCUGGGCCACCUGGAUUACAUCCGUACGGUGCAGUUCCACCACGAAUACCCGUGGAUCCUCAGUUGUAGUGACGACCAGACCAUCCGCAUCUGGAACUGGCAGUCGCGCUCCUGCGUGUCCAUCCUCACGGGCCACAACCACUACGUCAUGUGCGCGCAGUUCCAUCCCAAGGACGACCUUAUCGUCUCGGCCUCACUAGAUCAGACGGUCAGAGUCUGGGACACCACGGGUCUCCGUAAGAAGACGGUGCGUGGAGCUCCCAGCUCCAUGGACGACAUGGUGGGUCCUCCUUCUUCCCGUUCCAACAACCACGACAUCUUCGGCGCUAGUGACGCCAUCGUUAAGUACGUUCUGGAAGGCCACGACCGCGGUGUCAACUGGGCCAGCUUCCACCCGACCUUGCCUCUUAUCGUCUCCGGUGCCGAUGACCGUCAAGUCAAGCUCUGGCGUAUGAACGAGACCAAGGCCUGGGAAGUAGACACAAUGCGUGGACACACCAACAACAUCUCGUGUGUGCUGUUCCACCCACGCCAUGAGCUCAUUAUUUCUAACAGUGAAGACCGUUCCAUUCGCGUGUGGGAUAUCUCCAAGCGCAUGGGGCUACAGACCUUCCGUCGCGAGAACGACCGCUUCUGGAUGCUCGCUGCGCAUCCGACGCAGAACCUUCUCGCUGCCGGCCAUGACUCCGGUAUGAUUGUGUUCAAGCUGGAACGUGAACGUCCCGCCAUGGACAUCCACGAAGGCCGCGCUUAUUAUGCCAAGGAGCGCUAUGUGCGCAUGUAUUCGUUCGUUGACGGCAGUGACGUCCCUGUCGCUGCUGUACGUCGUACGGGUACUGCUGGUACGGGCAUGGGCAACUUCCCACGUCACUUGAACUACAACCCGUACGACCAGACCUCCGGUACCAACAGUGUGUUGAUGACUAGUGACGCUGAAGGAGGUUCGUACGAGCUGGUGACGUUCACUCAUGGCUCGAGUGGUGACACCUCUGAGUCAAGUCGUGGUCCUGGUCUCUUCGCUGUGUUUGUGGCCCGCAACCGCUUCGCUGUGUUGGACAAAUCGCGUCACAUUGUGAUCAAGAACUUUCAGAAUGAAGUGACUAAGAAGAUCACGCCACCUAACGGUACAGCCGACGGUCUGUUCUUCGGUGGAGUGGUGGGACGUGUGUUACUUCACAUUGACGACAAGAUGGUGCUAUACGAGACGCAGAGUCGUCGUGUAUUGGCUGACGUACAGGCCCCUCGUGUGAAGUACGUUGUCUGGAGUCCUAACUACGAGUACGUGGCUCUGAUCAGUAAGCACUCUAUCGUAUUAGCUGAUAAGCAGCUGAACCAUCUGAGCACUAUUACUGAGUCAGUACGUAUUAAGAGCGGCAUCUGGGCCAACGCUCCUGCCGAGAUCUUCGUGUACACGACGUUAAACCACAUCAAGUACUCGUUGACAAAUGGUGACGCUGGUAUUAUUCGAACAUUGGAUGUACCCGUGUACUUAACGCAUUUGGAAGGCUCAAAGCUCUACUGUCUUGACCGUGAGGCCAAGAUGCGUACAAUGGCCGUGGAUCUUACCGAGUGCGAGUUCAAGAUUGCCCUGAACAAGAAGAACUACACUGAGGUGAUGCGGAUGGUUCGUCACUCGAGACUGUGUGGCCAGGCCAUUAUCUCUUACUUGACGAAGAAGGGCUAUCCGGAGGUGGCGUUGCACUUCGUUAAUGACGAAAAGACGCGCUUCAAGCUCGCUAUCUCGUGUGGUAACCUUGAAGUGGCGCUGAACUCGGCGUACGAACUGGAUGACAGCAAGUGCUGGUACCAAUUGGGUGUCGAAGCUCUUCGUCAAGGUAACAUCCAAGUCGUGGAGAUGGCAUAUCAACGUACCAAGAACUUUGAGCGUCUGAGCUUCUUGUACCUGGUUACUGGCAACCGUGACAAGCUGAAAAAGAUGCUCAAGAUCUCGGAAGUACGCAAUGAUAUCAUGGCUCGCUUCCACAAUGCACUGUACCUGGGAGACGUCGAAGUCCGCGUCAUGACAUUGGAAGCUGCCGGUCAGUUCGGUCUAGCACUCCUGACAGCUGCCACUCACGGUCUCAGCGAGCACGUGGAGCGUCUGAGUGCUCUGCUUCAGGAGACGAACCCUGACUUCGAUGUGGAUGCUUUCCUGGCGCGUGAGAUGCUUCCGAACCCGACGCUGUUGUCCCCUCCGCCGUGCGUGAGCCGUCUUGAGAACGAGAACUGGGCGCUGGUGGAGAUCAACGAGCCGACAAUCCAGGACCACGCUGUUGCUGCUGAGAAGCGCGAAGCUGAACGUAGUCUACAGCCUCAGCAGGAAACCGGCCGUCGCUCCAUUGAGGAGCGUCCGGCACGUAAGUCAUCAAUGGAUCUGGCUCUGGACGCCGCUGGAGAUGCCUGGGGUAUGGACGGCGAUUUGGACCUGGACGACUCGCUUACGAUCGAUGAUCAAUCGCUGGGAAUGGACUCGACUGCUUUGGAGAACGACUUCGCUGGUCUUAGUACGGAUGCUGGCUUUGUGGCGGCUCCUACGGCUGGUACGAGUCUUGCUGUGCAGUGGGUGCGCAACUCGUCGUUGGCUGCUGAUCACGUGGCUGCUGGCUCGUUCCAGACCGCCAUGCAGCUACUGCAUCGCCAGAUUGGUGUAAUUAACUUCGAGCCGCUUAAGCCUGUAUUCCUUCAGGUGUUUUCAGGUGGCUCAGCUUCUUUGCCAACGCAGGGCAACUGCCCGCCACUGCGUGCGUGGCUGCAGCGUAACGAUGUCAACCAACCAGCUGUAGCUGUGUCGUUCGCUGCUCUCGUCGAAGAGCUCAAAAACGCGUACCGUUCAUUCACUGGAGCCAAGUUUGACGAUGUGAAGACCCACUGUGAGUCUAUUUUACAUGCGAUCCCGUUCCUGGCUGUAGACUCCAAGGAAGAAGCAGAGAAGGUGAAGGGAUUGCUAACUGUCUGUCGCGAAUACCUGCUGGCGUGUCGUAUCCGUGCGGAGGUGGCUGCUGUGCCUCUGGAGAGCGACCCGAAGCGUAACAUCGAGCUGAGUGCGUACUUUACGCACUGUGAGCUGCAGUUGCCGCACUUGGUGUUGACGUUGAAGAUCGCGAUGACGAAUGCGUUUAAGGCUGGCAACUUCAUCACGGCGGCGUCGUUCUGCAGACGGUUGUUGGAGAUCCCGGAGGUGUCGCAGCAUCCACGUCACGAGAAGCUGCGCUUGACUGCGCGUAAGGUGUUGCAGAAGGCCGAAAAGGAGGCUCGCAAUGAACAUGCAAUGGACUACCAAGACUCGAAGCCGUUCGUGCUGGACGCACGCAACUUUACGCCCAUUUACUUGAGUGAGAAAGAUGUGCGUUGUCCGUACUGCGCUGCUGCGUACCAUCCGGAGAGCAAGGGCACACUCUGCGAUGUGUGUGGCAUCUCGAAGGUCGGCGAGGAAACCAUCGGACUGGUUGUCACUGCAGCGCAGUAAGGGAGUCGAGUGCGUGUAGAUGCAUGGUGCAGGCAGUUGAUGUCAGCUAAAACAACGCGUGACUAUUUUAUUGAGU